AUGCAACGUACGCCUAGUAAAGAUAAGACCUAUGGCUCUGAACCAAAUGUGGCUAACCUACAAGAAAGACGUCCCACUAUGGAUAACUGGAUAAAUGUACGGCAAAAGAAGAAAAGAAUAGACGAGGAUUCCGACAGUGAUUCCAGUAGGAAUCGUGAGUGUAGGAGGCAGAGAACAUCUUGCUGUAAUCAUGAAGACAUCAAUAAAACCUUAGUUCUUCUAAGUGAACAGAUGAGCUCCCUGACAUCACUCCUAAAUACAUUCAAAAAUGAACAGAACUCCCGUUUCUAUGAGUUGAAGAAUGAGAUAAACGACAUAAAGAAGGGAAACGCGGAGAUUGAAAAAUCACUAGACUAUCUUGGAGGGAAAUAUAUGGAAAUGGAAAAAUGUUUAAAGGAAAGGAAAGAGGAAGUAAUGAAACAGGAAAAUCGUGUCAAAGAAAUCAUACAUAAAAACGUCUACUUAGAAAAAUGUAAUAAGGCAUUGGAAGAGAGACUAAUGAGACUGGAACAAAAGGAACUAGAGUUGCAAAUUGAAUUACAAAAUGUAGAAAAACAAGAAGGGGAGAACUUGUUGGGAAUAGUAUAUAAAAUAGCAGAAGAAUUGAGAUUAGAGACGAAGGACAUUGCGAAAGUUUGGAGAGUUCCCGGUGAUAGCAUCAAGGCUCCACGGCCUAUAAUUGUUUCAUUAAAUUCACGAGAGGCGCGCAUUAAAUGGCUGAAGAGCAGGAAAGAUAAUAUAACAAAUCAUGUCAUACUGAAUAAUAAUAAUAACUCCAGAAUAUACGUAAAUGAACAUGUGACGCGUCAAAUUCGUCAACUAUUUUGGAGUGCCAAAAAUAAAUUAAAAGAAAACUUCAAAUUUAUAUGGAUACAAAAUGGAAAGAUUCUCAUUAAGAAGAGCGAAAUUGAGAAGAAAAUAUAUCAAAUUAGUUUUGAAAGUGACAUAGAAGAAAUCUUACACAAGAAAAAAGAG